AUGGAAGCAAGGGAAGCUGCAAAGAGGGCUUACAACCCAAACCCCAUGAAAGUUACAGCUGAAUUCAAUGCACACGUAAUGAGGGCGUUGAAAGGGUCCAACAGCACGAGAAGGGGCUUGAAGAAAGACGAUGGUUCAUGCGAGGCGACAAACCCCAUUGACAAAUGUUGGAGAUGCGAUAAAAACUGGGAGAAAAACCGGAAGAAGCUAGCAGAUUGUGCUCUUGGGUUUGGCCACGGUACAACGGGCGGCAAAGAUGGGAAAAUCUACGUGGUAGACGACCCUUCCGACAACGACCUUGUGAACCCUAAAAAAGGGACAUUGAGACAUGCAGCGAUUCAGGCAGAGCCACUGUGGAUAACUUUUGCCCGAAACAUGAACAUUGUACUGAAGGCAGAGCUUCUUCUAACGGAUAACAAGACGAUCGAUUCACGUGGUGCCAAUGUGCACAUUCAAAAAGGUGGUCAAAUAACAAUGCAAUAUGUGAAAAACAUCAUCAUUCACGGAUUGCACAUCCACGACAUUAAGAGACGUAGAGGUGGCCUUAUACGAGACUCCAUGAGCCACUAUGGAAAUCGCGACAUUAGUGAUGGCGAUGGGCUUUCACUGUUUGGAGCCACAAAUGUUUGGAUUGAUCAUGUUUCCAUGAGCAAUUGCUCAGAUGGCCUCAUCGAUGUCGUUAGUGCAUCAACCGCUGUUACCAUCUCCAACUGCCAUUUUGUCCAACACAACGACGUUUUGUUAUUCGGUGCCACUAAUACCUUCUCAGGAGAUAAAAUCAUGCAAGUAACUUUGGCUUUCAACCACUUCGGAAAAGGAUUGGUUCAGAGAAUGCCAAGGUGCAGAUGGGGCUUCUUUCACAUUGUUAACAAUGAUUACACUCGUUGGCUAAUGUACGCCAUAGGUGGCAGCCAGCAUCCCACCAUCAUCAGCCAGGGAAACCGUUUUGUCGCCCCAGAUGACCGAAAUGCAAAAGAAGUGACAAAAAGGGUACACGCACCUGAAAGUGAGUGGAAGAAUUGGAAUUGGAGAUCAGAGGGUGACAUAUUGGUGAAUGGAGCCUUGUUUGUUGAGUCUGGGAAAAAGGUUAAAGGUCUCAGGACAGACAUUAAAGCACAGCCUGGGAAAUCCGUAACUAGGCUCACUAAAUCUGCAGGAUUUCAAUAUAUGCUGUUUGAUAAUGAUAAGUCGUAA